GCCUCGUGACAUUCUUUGGAAGCCGGUUGGGUUCAACCGGCAUAUCUGUAUAAAACCGGGUAGGGGAGACAUCGCGGUGUACUAUUUAUUUAUUUAUUGUAGUUUAUUUAAAAUUUGUCCGAACCGAACAUGCUUGGACUGUGCCUGUACGUGCCUGUGUCCAACUCGGACCCGAUCGAGGUGGAGUACUUCGAGUCCAACGGACUGCCGUCGGAGCUGAAGUCCGUCUUCAACAAGCUCAGCGUGUUCCUGCCGUCUCAGGAGUUUUCAACCUAUCAAAAAUGGCGACAAAAAUCUUUCAAAAGAGAAGAAAAGGAUGCAGACGGGCAGCUGGACUUUGAGGAGUUUGUUCAUUAUCUACAAGACUACGAGAAAGACCUGAAGCUGGUGAUGAAGAGUCUCGACAAGAAGGAUGCAGGUCGAGUUGAUGCCAGAGAGUUCAUUCAGUCUCUUCAUGACCUCGGUGUUCACAUUUCCCUACAGCACGCAGAGAAAGCCCUCAAAAGUGCGGACAAGAAUGGAAUGAUAACCAUCAGCAGUAAAGACUGGAGCAAAUACCAGGUGGUGGAGAAGACUGAAAACAUUCCUGAGAUCAUCCUUUACUGGAAACACUCCACGAUAUUUGACAUUGGUGAGAACCUGCUGGUGCCUGAUGAGUUCACCACUGAGGAGAAGCAGACGGGGAUGUGGUGGAGGCACCUGGUUGCCGGUGGAGGAGCCGGAGCCGUUUCCAGAACUUGCACGGCACCGCUGGACCGACUCAAAGUCACGAUGCAGGUUUAUGGAACCCGAACCAACAACAUGUGCAUCAUGAGCGGACUCAUGCAGAUGAUCAAAGAAGGAGGGACGAGGUCGCUGUGGCGAGGAAACGGAGUGAACAUCAUCAAAAUCGCCCCAGAAUCGGCCCUUAAAUUCAUGGCUUACGAGCAGAUCAAACGUCUAAUCGGCAGCGAGCAGGAGACUCUAAGCAUCUUGGAGCGAUUUGUCGCUGGUUCCAUGGCCGGAGUGAUCGCCCAGAGCACCAUCUACCCCAUGGAGGUUCUAAAAACCCGUCUUGCGCUGAGGAUGAGCGGUCAGUACGCUGGCAUCUCGGACUGCGCGAAGCAGAUCUUCAGGAGAGAAGGACUCGGAGCGUUUUACAAAGGCUACGUCCCGAACAUGCUGGGAAUCAUCCCGUAUGCUGGCAUCGAUCUGGCGGUUUACGAGACGCUGAAGAACAACUACCUGCAGCAGUAUGGCACCAACGGCACUGACCCUGGGGUGGUGGUGCUCCUGGCCUGCGGCACGGUGUCCAGCACCUGCGGUCAGCUUGCCAGCUACCCUCUGGCUCUGAUCCGAACCCGCAUGCAGGCUCAAGCUGUAGCGGAGGGAAACCAGAAGGUUUCCAUGACCGGACUCUUCAGGCAGAUCCUGCAGACCGAAGGCCCCACGGGGCUCUACAGAGGCCUGGCCCCCAACUUCCUCAAAGUCAUCCCCGCCGUCAGCAUCAGCUACGUGGUGUACGAGCACCUGAAGACGCAGCUGGGAGUGACGUCGCGCUGAAACCGUCCCAACGUGAUGAACUUUCUCCCAAUGCUCUUUAGGAAUCACCGGGAGCCCCCGGAGGUUCAAGUAGCCGUCCCAUUCUGUGAAUGUCAGCUGACGCAAGGCUGCGGAGGAGAAUAUGGACUCUGUGAGCUCAGGUUGUCGAGAAAACUGCUGCUAUUUGUUUUCAGGAGGAGCUGUGUGAGUAGGAAGUGACUGGAUGAAAAUCGAGGACCAAUGUUUUUGUUAAAUGUCCGGGCGUUGUGACUCUCGCCCCUGACUUACACUUUAAAGAAGCCACGUAGCGCAAUAAGCUUGAUCUCAACUCGUCCUGCCGCUGGAAAAAUUGUUUUUGCCCAAACGAGAAGUUUUUGCACAACAGUUUGACUUCUCUCCACCCCUGUCCCAAGUACCGGUAGUUUGCAGGGUUUUCUGGGUAUUUAUUUUCACCCGUCUUAUAUUUAUUUUUCUUAAAAUAAGUGAUUUUCAUGUGUCAAAAGCCGAUUGUGUUGUUAAGAUCCGGGCUGUGGGAUUGUCGCCUUAACGUCUGUCUAACACUAAAUGUGGUCUCAUGUUAAAACGUUCAACUUAAUGUUUUGUUGUUGUUUGCUCGUGCAGCAUCAGAUUGUUCUCAGUGUUUAAACGACCUUUCUUUAAAGGUCUUAACCUCAGGUUCAAGGGAAAACCGCUGAAGAUCACGUGUGUGGGGAAAAGACGAGCAACGUAAACGCACUUUAAUCAACGCGAGAAGGGCCUCGAAAUGACUUGUCAAUGCAGGAUAGUAUUUUUUUUUUUAGUGUUUUAAU